AUGCCCCCUAUGCUGCACCCCGCCUUGUUGCUGCUACUGGGCGCCACGCUGACCUUCCGGGCGCUCCGGCGUGCGCUCUGUCGCCUGCCCCUGCCUUCGCACGUACGUGCCGACCCUCUGCGCACCUGGCGCUGGCACAACCUGCUCGUCUCCUUAUCCCACUCCAUAGUUUCAGGAAUCUGGGCACUACUUUGUAUAUGGCAGACCCCUGAAAUGCUGGUGGAGAUAGAGACGGCAUGGUCGCUCUCUGGCUAUCUUCUAGUUUGUUUCUCUGCAGGGUACUUCAUCCAUGACACGGUGGACAUCCUGGUGAGCCAUCAAGCCCGAGCUUCUUGGGAAUACCUUGUCCAUCAUGUCAUGGCUAUGGGUGCCUUCUUCUCAGGAAUCUUCUGGAGCAGCUUUGUUGGUGGGGGCGUCCUAACACUGCUGGUGGAGGUCAGCAAUAUCUUCCUUACUAUACGCAUGAUGAUGAAAAUCAACGAUGCUCAGGAUCUCCUCCUCUACCGGAUCAACAAGUACAUCAACCUGGUCAUGUACUUUCUCUUCCGCCUGGCCCCACAAGCCUACCUCACCCAUUUCUUCCUCCGUUACAAGGACGAGAGGAACCUGGGUACCUUUCUACUGGCCAUCCUGCUCAUGCUGAACAUAAUGAUCCUCAUCUACUUUUCUCGACUCCUCCGCUCGGACUUCUGCCCUGAGCGUGUUCCCAACCGGAAACACAAAGAUAAAUUCUUGACAGAGUGA